CAGCGCACUGGGUAGGUGUUUAAAACGGAUCGUUUUCGCGGGCAGGGCUCUCUCUGUACGCAUGAAGUGGAGAAAUUGGUUCUAGGGCAACCAGCGUGUCUUCUUCAUAACGGAGCUCUCUAUUUCAACUGGGUUUUUUCCCCCAAGUGGAUUUAUAUUUUUUGUUCACUAUGGCUGUUACCGAGGCUCCAUGCGACCUGUCUUAUUGCAAGAUGAGGGGAAUUGUGUCAGUUCUCACUGCUUUUAUCAAGGAGAGGAAAAUGGGUCUGAAUGACUUAAUCUCAAAGCUGGUGUCAAACCCACAUAUCUGUCAUCACUCUGAAGUUGACUUCCUGAAGAUCGAUGAGAACCAGAAUGAAGAGCUGGAUGAGGAUGAACUUCUGAAUCCGAUGUGCCUGACGUUCCCCAGAAGCUCUCUAGCUGAGGAGUUGGCGAUCAAACCAAGUGAUUUCGACUACCUGAAAAUCAUUGGCAAAGGGAGCUUUGGGAAAGUCCUGCUGGCUCGUCACCGGGACAGCAACGAGUAUUACGCCGUCAAGGUUCUGCAGAAGAAAAUCAUCUUGAAGAAGAAAGAGCAAAAGCAUAUCAUGGCGGAGCGAAGUGUCCUGAUGAAGAAUAUCAAACAUCCUUUCCUGGUGGGGCUGCACUUUUCCUUCCAGACUACUGACAAACUCUACUUUGUCCUCGACUACGUGAAUGGAGGAGAGUUGUUCUACCAUCUACAGAGAGAGAGGGUGUUCCUAGAACCCAGAGCCAGGUUCUACGCUGCAGAGAUCGCCAGUGCUCUGGGAUACCUCCACUCCCUGCAUAUUGUUUACAGAGAUCUGAAGCCUGAGAAUAUCCUGCUAGCCUCUACGGGACACAUCGUCCUGACAGACUUUGGCCUCUGCAAAGAGGGCCUGGCGCCCACUGGGACCACCACAACCUUCUGUGGAACGCCAGAGUACCUGGCCCCCGAGGUGCUGCAGAAGCAGGCGUACGACCGCACAGUGGACUGGUGGUGCCUGGGUUCAGUGCUGUACGAGAUGCUCUACGGACUGCCACCCUUCUACAGUCGUAACACAGCUGAGAUGUACAACAAUAUCCUGAACAAGCCUCUGAUACUGAAGCCCAACGUGUCCAACUCAGGCAGGGAACUGUUGGAGGGACUCCUGCAAAAGGACCGCACCAAGAGGCUGGGAGUAAAAGAUGAUUUUAUGGAGCUGAAGUGCCACACCUUCUUCUCACCCAUCAACUGGGAUGACCUGAUGGCCAGGAAGAUCACACCACCCUACAUUCCCUCUGUGAGCGGGCCCACGGACCUCAGGCACUUUGACCCAGAGUUCACCCACCUCCCUGUGACCUCGUCGCUGUGCAACACGGACGGCCUGCUGGUGACCAGUAGCAUCAAGGAGGCAGCCGGAGCCUUCCCAGGCUUCUCCUAUGGACCCACUGACGGCUUCAUGUGAGGGACUCCUCUAUCCUCAUCACCUCUAUUGAUGAUGAGAGGAUGGAUGGGAACAAAUAGAGACACAAUGGCAGAGACAGGCACCAUGUACUGUAUGAGUGGUGUGGGAGAUGUUCAUGUCUGUUAAUAAGGUUCCUGAACAUGCCUGGGGGGGUCUAGAACUCCAGAUCUCCUGGGAUUGUUGCAUGAGAGGUGUACAUCGCAUGGGACUCCAAUCUUCAAUACCAAUGACCCUACUUACCUGAUGCAAAGUGUGCCAAGGUGGAACGUUAUUUUGUACUACAGGGAGAACGGACGUUUCUCUCUCUAAUCGCUGUGGACCACGACCACUGUCGGAAAGAAGAGUGAAGUAGCUGAAGUUUAACGGCAGCGGAAACCCGAGAGCUGUACUGCGCCGACACGGCUAGGCUGCAUCCAACACAGACUGUAGAGGGCCCUGCCUUCCUGAUCAUUCUGUAUAUAUAUAUUGAAGACUUACAUGUCACAAUGCAUUUGUUGUCGAUUGUUAUGUGAAUGCUGGAUUGCACUUGAGGCAUUAAGGGUGAUUGCAUUGUUUAAGCAUCCACUCUGUCUCAUGUUCAGCUGCAUAUCUGUUCAUCCUCAAAAUCCUUCUACUAAUAUCUGUUCACCCUGAAAAUCAUAUUAUUAAUCUGUUCACCCUCAAAAUCAUUCUACUAAUAUCUGUUCACCCUCAAAAUCCUUCUACUAAUAUCUGUUCACCCUCAAAAUCAUACUAUUAAUCUGUUCACCUUCAAAAUCAUACUAUUAAUAUCUGUUCACCCUCAAAAUCAUAAUAGUAACAUCUGUCCACCAUCAAAAUAUAUUAGCUAAACAAGUAGGAAAACACCAGAAAUGAUCGACAUGAAAUACGUUUGUUUUGGCUCAAAUAAGGUAGCAUCAUACCAUCUGAACUUAAUUAUACUGGUCACCACCUUUUCUCCACAUGCAGACAAUGUUGGAGCCAAAAAAUUACAAUGUAUAGAAAGCAGACACAAAAUAUUGUAUUUUACAAGAAAUCUGCAAUAUAAUUUCAUGUUAUAUUAACUGUAUCUGACCAAAAAGUCCAUUUGGUUUUCCAUUUCCAGGUACUGUUCAUCUUACGACUAUAUUUCAGUCCGAGUAAUUACAAAGUAGUCUUUUAAAAACACAUUUUUUCACUUGACUCCUUAAAACAGAAAGCAAAUAUAAAUAUAUUACCAAGCUCUAAAUAUGUACAACUAUUUAUACAUCUAAACAGAAAUGUACUUCCUAAGUGGGGAAAAAUGUAUUAUUUCCUAACCUUUGUUCUUCUAAUGCCUGCACUUUUACACAUUUACCCACCUAAGACUGUGUUGACAAGCUGUUUGUAGAGGUAAUAUAUUUUUGUCAUAAAUACAGAAGAUGGGGUAAUCCAAUAUUAGGUCUUCUGCUAUAAUAGCACAUAUCAAUGAUUGUUAUUCUUGUGAGUGAAAGUGAUUGCUGUUUUGCUGGCAAAACACUAGAGAAUCCAUUAGAUUGUUAUGUAUAACCAUUUGCGUCGUGUACAGAACUCCAGCUAGAUUGAUAGAAAGGAACUGAAUGGCUUUCAUUUUGUAAAGUGUGCCUGUCUGUCUCAGUCGUGUUAGGAUAGGAAGUCCUGGUCCAUAUGUAUGUGUGUGUGUGUGUGUGUGAUAUCUAUUUCUUCCCUGUUAUCCCCAUGGUCUAGAUCAGUGUUUCCCAAACUCAGUCCUGAGCCCCCCUCCCCCGUGCACGUUUAGUUUUUUUUGCGCUAGAACUACACAGCUGAGUUAAAAUAACCAACUCAUCAAGCUCUGAUUAUUUGCUGUGUAGUGCUAGGACAAAAACCAAAACGUGCACCCGGUGGGGUGAGGUGUGGGGGCAGGACUGAGUUUGGGAAACCCUAGUCUAGACAACAACCUGAAAAGUUGUGCUGCUGCAAUGAUGAGAGCUUAGACUGAAAUUACUCUUUUUAGAUAGUGCUACAGCCAUUCAUUCACUGAUGGCCAUGAAUAGUGUAAUAAACAUCACAGGCUUUCUCCAUGUAUAUGUCAUGACACAUAAUGUACUGUAUGUUUAAAGACCAGAGGACAAAUUCGUAGAAUGGAUAAUUUAAAUAAUGAAUUGUAAUCUCUUUUCAAAAUGGUAAAUAAAAUGUAUUGACCAAAUUCAAA